UGAAAGCGCGCGCCUCCGCCUCAGACUUGCAUUCGUUUUGGUCGGGUGAAGGGUGGUUGUCUUGGUGAACUAAGCGACUUGGUGUUAACGUGCAUGAUUAAUUCAUUUUUGUCUUUCACGCGGAUUGUCUUUAGUUUGGAGUAACGUAAGAAGACCAGUCAUUUAUUUUCUAUUGAAAAUGUCGACCAUCGCAAGGUGUCAAACAACCCAGGUUACCAUACACAACCAACGCAGAAAAGGAUAUAUUCUAUAACCCACGGAACCCUCUAGGACUUGAUUGAUCUCUUCAAGCCUGCUCGUUUGCUCCAGUGCCGCCCCCUCCAUCCCACCCCCCCACCCAGUCUAUCGUCAUUCUACAUCUGAGGAAGAGCUCUCGACACUCUUGAACAUCCACUAAUACUCACUCUCACAUUGUGCCAUCAACCUCUUCAGUUUGACACUCGCCACCUCCUGUGUAAAUAUGACUCCUAACGGGUACCUGAUAUUUGAGGAUGACAGCUUUCUGGACUCCACCGUGGCCAAAAUGAACGCUCUAAGGAAGAGUGGCCAGUUCUGUGAUGUCAGACUCCAGGUGUGUGGCCACGAGUUAAUGGCUCAUCGUGCGGUCCUGGCUUGCUGCAGCCCUUACCUGUUUGAAGUCUUCAACGGAGACUCCGAACCUGUGGGUGGAGUGUCGCUGGUGAAGUUUGAUGACCUCACCCCUGAAGCGGUGGAGAUCCUUCUGAACUACGCGUACACAGCCCAACUGAAAGCAGACACCUCUCUGGUCAGAGAUGUCUACUCUGCUGCUAAGAAACUGAAAAUGGAACGGGUAAAACAGAUCUGCGGGGACUACCUGCUGUCUAAGAUGGACAGCCAGAGUGCCAUCCCCUACAGGGACUUUGCCAGCAGCAUGGGGGAUGGUCGUCUGCUGGGGAAGAUCGAUGGAUACAUCCAGGAACACCUACUGGAGCUCUCAGAACAGGAGCACUUCCUCAAACUGCCACGCCUCAAGCUGGAGGUGGUGUUGGAGGACAACCUGACUCUGCCUAGUAAUGGGAAGCUCUACUCUAAAGUCAUCAACUGGGUGCAACGCAGUCUGUGGGAGAGCGGGGAGCCGCUGGAGAGGCUGAUGGAAGAGGUCCAAACCUUGUACUACUCCGCUGACCACAAGCUGCAUGAUGGAAACCUGCUGGAGGGACAGGUCCAGCCUUCUGAGGGAUUGGGCUGUGGAGGAGUAGACGACGAACACAUCCAGUUUGUUCAGAAGAAGGCCCCUCGUGAGAGUGUGCAGCGACAAACGAGUGUGGGUUGCCGUGAGAUUGGCAGUUGCGCCGUCCUCCCUCAGAACAGCUCCAAUGGCAGCCUCUCUCCUGGAUCCACAGGUCAACACUUCAGACAUGAGUGGAAGUACAUCGCCUCUGAGAAGACCAGCAACAGUACAUACCUCUGCCUGGCGGUCCUGAAUGGUGUGUUGUGUGUGGUGUUCCUUCAUGGGCGCGCCAGCCCCCACUGCUCCCCAUACGCCACUCCCUGUCUGACCAAGAGUCUGAGCCUGGAAAACCAGCUGAGCCAGGGGGCAGAGAAGGAGGACCGGCUGGAGGAGAGGCUGCUGACCCGCAUGCACUAUGCCCGGUCUGGCCUGGGCACGGCCGAGCUCAACGGAAGGCUCAUCGCUGCGGGUGGUUACAACAGAGAGGAGUGUCUGAGGACAGUAGAAUGCUAUGACCCAAAGAAGGAUUGCUGGACCUUCAUCGCCCCCAUGAGAACGCCUAGAGCUCGCUUUCAGAUGGCCGUCCUCAUGGGUCAGCUGUACGUCAUGGGUGGCUCCAACGGUCAUUCUGAUGAGCUGAGCUGUGGAGAGACCUAUGACCCUCGGGCCGACGAGUGGACUCAGGUCCCCGAGCUACGCACCAACCGCUGCAACGCAGGUGUGUGUGCAUUGAACAACAAGCUCUUUGUGGUGGGAGGGUCUGACCCAUGUGGACAGAAAGGUCUGAAGAACUGUGAUGCCUUUGACCCUGUGGCAAAGACCUGGAACAACUGUGCUCCACUCAACAUCAGGCGACACCAGGCAGCAGCAUGUGAGCUGGAUGGAUUCAUGUAUGUGAUUGGUGGAGCCGAGUCAUGGAACUGCCUGAACAGCGUGGAGCGAUACAACCCCGAGAACAACACAUGGACGCUGGUCGCCCCGAUGAAUGUAGCGCGCCGUGGGGCUGCGGUCACUGUACAUAACGGGAAGCUGUUUGUGGUCGGUGGGUUUGAUGGGACCCAUGCGCUGCAUUGUGUGGAGGUUUACGACCCUGCACGCAACGAGUGGAAGAUGCUGGGCAGCAUGACGUCUGCCAGGAGCAACGCAGGCGUGGCUGUGCUGGGGGGGGUGGUUUGUGCCGUGGGCGGGUUUGAUGGGAACGACUUCCUGAAUACAGUUGAGGCAUAUGAGUCGUUGUCCAAUGAGUGGAGCCCCUGUGGAGAGGCCUUCAAACAGGAAGACUAAGACCAGGUCUGGGCCAAGGAUGGACAUAGAACUCCUAGAAUAGUGAAUGGGUGGACCAAAGGUGUGUACCUAUCACUCCCCACCAACAACCAAUUACCACCCAGGAUGUAAAAAAAACAAAUUUGAAUCAAGAACCACAGCUUCAUGUUUGUGCUUUAUCAAUUUACAAAACUGACAAUUACAGUGACAUAGAAUAUUCCAUAUUAAAAAGCUGUUAUUGGAUGGGUUACUCUUCUAGGAUUUCUAUUUCUAUGAGUCCAUUUUUAUCCUCUACGCAACUCCCAUUUCCCUCUCACUGGUGUGCACUCCACUUGUUUACUUGUUCACUUCCUCAGGACCAGGGGGAGCACAUUGUCAAACUAGUAGGGUUAGUGACGUGAUUGUGUUUUCAUGAUGUCCUGUCUGAAGUCGGAUCGUGGUUGGGGCAGGUGUGCGGUAGUGGCGUGCAUCAACAUUUCAAUAAUUGGCUUCCUCCUUCCUGGUCUUUUUUUUUAUCUGUGCCGAAAAAACAAAGAUUCUUACAAACUUUUCUCUAAGGUUCUUUCACACCAGUGCAGAUGAUAAAGAUUUGAACUUACGAGAGGUUGAGCUCCACAUCGAGUCCCAAAGUUGGGCCGGUUCAGGCCCAGUUAAUUUCAGUUUUGCCCCAAAGUAAAAUGACGCCUUUGCAUAUUGCGAUAUUACAAUAUUGUGCUCUGUAUAUAUUUUCUAUUGUUGUCUUACUAAAAUGCCAAAAUCCUCUGACUAAAUUACUUCAGCAAUGUUGUGAGGUAUGUAUCUUUAUUUUGUAUAACAUUUUUAUUUCAAACAUUAAUUUCAGUAAUGGGUUGGUAACCAUUGGCAGUGUGUUUUAUUAGCUUGACAGAAGACAGUACCAGGUUACGCAAUAGAACAGCAGACCUUUUUUAUUACCUAAAAUUUCACAAUUAUCUCCUAUUUGAAGUGACUUUCUCAAUCUCUGAAGAAAUCUAAAAGCCUUAUGCAACAAACUAACUAGCAUCAAACAAGGAAAUGUAUUUAGCCUCAAUAGGCAUUUAAUUAACUGAUAAAUCUUGCCUUUUAUAUGAUUUAUUUCAUACACUGCUGAGCAAAUAACCUGUGGAUGAGUUGAAGUAAGGGAUGCACAAAAUCACGUUAUGCGCUAGAUGCUUCACACACAGCAUAUGUCCUAAGGAUCACCCUGUUGUCUUUAUAGUGGACUAGCUUUGUCCAGACCAGGUGCCAUUUAGGAUGCAGCCCAGGCACUGAAACACUCUUAGUUAUGGUGGCUCUCUACUGCCACUUCAACUAACUUGUCUGAAUGUCUAAUUCUGUCUGAAACUGGUCUCAUUUCCUCUUUAACUUCCUGUUCUGAUUUAGAAACAUUCCAAGAAGUGUUAAUGUGGUCUUUUUUUUUUUUUGUACUGAUAUUUCUUAAACUAAUAAACCAUUUCAACCCUA